AUGAGUGUACCAGAGUGGCUCAAACCUUGGCUACCUAUGUGUAGUUGGUUCGCCACGACGAUCGGAUUUUUUAUCGCUAUCGCCUUUUGGCGAAAGGAGGUUUUUCAAGGAUUGGAUGACCUAGCGUCCUAUCUGAAAGAGGAGGGAUACUAUGGACAUAUGAUCAUGUUUUUCCUUAUUUUACUAACCACGUUCCCCCCCCUUCCCCUUUACUCAACAUUCAUGAUGCUCUCGGGCUACACCUACGGCUCUCUAACAGGUUUCUACAUAUCUUACACAUCGUCUCUCGUAGGAGCCACGAUCGUCUUUUUGAUAUUUAGAUACGUGGUUCCUGUGAGAUGGACGAUGAGGAUGAUGCCGGCGUCCUUGAAGAGAGUGGUGAGAGUUAUCGAAGAGAGGUGGGUUGUCUUCUUGUUAGUGAGGGUUGCCCCGUAUCCUUUCAAUGUUGUUAAUGCUGUGUUGGGGAGCGGGAGUGGGAUGGAAUUGCGAGUUUAUUUGGGGGUUACGGGGGUGAGUUUGUUAAAGGUGUUGGUGCACACGAGUAUAGGGAGUGGAAUCAGGAGUUUUCGGGAUUAUCAUUCUUCCUCAUCUUCGGAAGGAGGUAGUAGAGAGUGGACGUGGAAGGAGAUAUGGGGAUUGUUUGGGAUAUUGCUUUGUGUCGGGUUGUUUGUUUAUUUGGGGAUCGUAGCGAGGAGAGCUGUUGACGAGCUUGAGGCGGAAGUUCAGUCUCGGUCUCAGUGUUUGGAGGAAGGACCAUUGCGUCGCCAUUCUUCUGUUAUCGUGGGAGGAACAGGAGAGGAAGGAAUGGAUGAAGGGGCGGUGAUGAGGAGUGUGUCGCCUGGUGUGCAUAGUAGCACGGGGCGUGGGUACGAGAGAGUUCCGAUGACCGAGACGCCGUAUGGAAUUCAUGACGAGCAAAGGUUGAUGAAUGCAUUGGGGAUUCAAUUGCAUGAGGGCCCAUCGGUUGCUUUAGCCUCGGUUUGA